AUGCGCAGACCCUCCGCAUACGAUCUCUCAUCGUCCGGGUCCGUCUCCUCAAACAUUGGUGGUCCCGGAUCUCUCCGCCCUACUGCCUCCAUGGCUUCCCUCAGAUCAAACUACGUUGCUCCUCCUCUUCCAGGUCCUCUACCCACCGAUUCGUCCUCCGAUCUUUCGUUUUCCCAAUCGGCAUCCGGGUUUGCAGCUUGGAAAGCCGCUGCCCAUGUCUACACAGAAAAGUUCGACGCGUUCCUCGGGAAAAUUGGCGCUCCUCUUAAGCCUUUCCUCCCCCUGAUCGGACGCUUUUUCAUCGUCGCUACUUUUUACGAGGACGGUUUCCGCAUUUUCUCUCAGUGGAACUCUCAGGUUUCCUACAUCUCCGGAUACCGUGGUCUCCCGAGAUUUAUCACCGUCGUCUACCUUGCAAUCAACAUUGUUAUCAUGUUUGUCUCAUCCUCUCUAGUUGUCGCUCAUAAGUCUCUCGUUCCAGCAGUUGCAUCUCUCUCCUUUGUCGUCAUCUCUCAAGCAAUCAUCUACGGUCUUGCUUUUAAUCUCAGUUUUUUCUUCCGCAACCUCUCCGUCAUUGGCGGUCUUCUCAUGGUCCUCUCCGCUGCUUUUGUCAAAGAUCGCCGUGCAAUUUCGCUCCCAGGCCUCCCCCUUGUCGACGACAAAAAUCGUGCAAAGUACUUCCAGCUUGCAGGCCGCAUUCUUCUAAUCUUCCUUUAUUUGGCCUACGUUGUUGCUGAACAGCGCACCGCAGCCCGCAUCAUUUCUUCCAUUUUUGGUCUUGCCGCCUGUGGUCUUGUUGUCAUUGGCUACAAAGCCCGUCUAAGUGCAGCCAUUCUUGUCAUCAUGCUCUUCUGGCGCAACUUCACAAGCAACCAGUACUGGCGCUACGAUCCCAACAACCCAGUUAGAGACUUUCUCCGUUACGAACAUUUCCAGAUCCUCAGUAUAAUUGGCGGCCUUAUCCUCGUUGUCUCUGCAGGUGCAGGUGCAAUCAGCAUUGAUGAGAAGAAAAAGAUUUAUUAG